GCCUGGAAGCCGCCGAGCAGGAAGCGGAGCGGGGAAGCAGGCGGAGGCCCUGCAUGGGGUCGGCAUGGCUGGGUCCGGCUGGGCCCCUCCGCACCUGGAGGACUUCAUCCUGACCGAGCGCCUGGGCAGCGGCACCUACGCCACCGUCUUCAAAGCCUACAGGAAAAAGAACGCCCGGGAGGUGGUAGCCGUCAAGUGCGUCAGCAAGAAGACCCUCAACAAGGCGUCCGUGGAGAACCUGUUGACGGAAAUCGAGAUCCUCAAAACCGUUCGCCAUCCGCACAUUGUGGAGCUGAAGGACUUCCAGUGGGACAAAGAAAACAUCUACCUGAUCAUGGAGUUUUGCGCUGGAGGGGACCUGUCCCGUUUCAUCCACACCCGAAGGAUACUCCCUGAGAAGGUGGCGCGCAUCUUUCUGCAGCAGCUUGCUUGUGCCUUGAAGUUUCUACACGAAAGGAACAUCUCCCAUUUGGAUCUCAAACCUCAGAAUAUCCUGCUCGGCUCCCUUCAUAAGCCUCAUCUCAAACUAGCAGAUUUUUAGUUGCACUGUAUAUGUCCCCCCUGGAGGCCCGAUAUGCACGUUCUCGAGGAAUUUCCAGCCGCUUCCAUGGCUCCAGAGAUGGUCUGCGGCAAAUUGCCUACGGCAGCCGGUGUGGAUCUGUGGUCUGUAGGGGUGAUUCUCUAUGAGGCCCUGUUCGGGAGACCCCCCUUUGCUUCAAAGUCGUUCACCGAGCUGGAGGACAAGAUCCGCAGCGACCAGCCCAUCGAGGACUCCCCCACCCGCCCGCGGCUCUCGCCGGAGUGCCGGGACCUCCUGCAACGCCUCCUGAAGCGGGACCCCCAGCAGCGCAUCUCCUUCCAGGAGUUUUUCGCCCACCCUUUCGUGGACAUGGAGCACAUGCCCAGCGCCGACAGUCUGGACAAAGCAACUUUGCUUGUCACGGAAGCGGUGAAGAAGGACCAAGAAGGGAACUAUCCGACCGCCCUGUCGCUCUAUUCGAAGGCCUUGGAAUAUUUCGUCCCACAUCUGGCGUAUGAAGUGGAUGCCCGCAGGAAGGAAGCGAUCAGGGCUAAGGUGAGCCAGUACAUCUCGCGGGCCGAGCAGCUCAAGGUCCUGGUGGCCUCCAGUAACAAAGUUCUCCUGCAGCAGGGACAUCCUGAAAGGGACAUCCUAAAAGAGAUGUCGAAGAGCAAGCCUCGUCUUUACGCAGCGUUGGAAGUGGCGGCGGCGGCUGUGGCGAAGGAGGAGGAAGGCGGCGACGACGGCGACACGCUCGAGUUGUACCAGCAGGGCCUGGGGGAACUCUUGCUCAUGUUAGCAGCUGAGCCUGCAGGCCGAAGAAGGGAGUUGCUGCAUGCAGAGGUCCAAACUCUGAUGGGGCGAGCGGAGUACCUCAAAGAACAGAUAAAGAUGAAGGAGUCACGACUGGAAGCGGAAGCCAUCGGCAAGGACGAGCUGCCAGAUUCCGUGCGGAGCUGUGAGUGUGAAGCUGGUCGUGGCCGAGUUUGUAGCUUCCUGCUAACUGGCCGUUUUGCACCCAAGCGUAGGAUUAGGGUUAGGGGCAAGAGCCGACCUUUAACUUGCUAGGAAACUUCCCAGAGGACUGUGGGUGGCUGGGAGCAAGCUGAGCAGAGCCGUAACGGCAUCCGGCAAUAUUAACGGAUGCUUAAG